AAGGUAAUUGGUCUUCAGUCCGUGGUGCGGCGCGAAGGAUUGAAUUUUGCCUUGUAUUUGUCGUUCACCAAAUGAAGUGUUUAAUGGUACUUUCAAACUAAGCACACUGGAUCUCCAGGAUAUGAUUGGUGCCUACCAAGCCCAAGAAUUUGAACCAUAUGGGAGGGGGCAUGUGGCAGCUCAUCCAGGGAAAGUACAGCUGCAGAUUAAGAAGUCAUCAACACUGGAACAUGGAAUACCGCUAGUGAAAGCAAUAAAGGAUAUUUCCUUACAUGAAAACUCAAAAAAGGAGCACUGGCACAAGAGGAAAAAUGUGACAAACAAUUGUAUUGAGGAACUCUACGUCAAGGAAACCACUGUCGUGUGGAGCAGGGGAGGGAAUGAGGAAAGCAGAAAGGUUAUUAAAACUGUCACUGUCGACUCAGCAGUACAGCAGGCCUUGUGGUGCACAUUUACUUUACCGGACAGCUUGAGUGAUGUGGAACAGAAAAGUAAUACCUUAGAUAUGAUAGGUCACAAAGAACAUGGGAUAUGUAUUGUGGAGUCUGGGUGUGUGAAUGUAUUCACUGAUGAGGGAAAAGAUUACAUUUCCACAUUGCCAUUCCAGGUAUCUGGAGCCUGGGUUAUAAAGAAUGGAUUGAUGUUUGAGAGAACUGUGACACACAGAGAGAUGGCAAAUUCUAAAAGGGUGAGCCCGCUCCCUGUCCUCUUCACUAUGCUCCACCCCCUGGAUGAGCUGGCACCUGUCAUUAGCAAGUCUGCAGGUGGUAUGAAUGCAUCAAAGGUCCAGUUUGUGACCAGCCACAGCCAUCAGAUAGUGUUCACCAGUGAGGACCCCUCACUUGCUGUGCUGUAUGACACAGUACAUGGGGUGCACUCUAUAUGGAAGAUAAGAAGGGCAAAGUUAGAGGAAGGGUUUUCAGCCUCUGGGAUGGACUUGAUGGGCAGCCUUCCUGUCCAGUCUGCUGCCACAACACCACUGCCAGGACAUAGUCAUUCCAGCAGUAGUUCCCUGUCCAGAGUGACCUUCUCCAGCCUGUCACCAUCUUCAAGCAUGUCACCAUUCAGAAGUCACCCCAGCCGAGUCAACUCUCCUGCUUCGCGCUCUAUCAGUAGUCCAUCUCUCACACAAUCAGCAUCACUCAAUCAAAUGCAGUCCCCAUCCGUGGCAUCAAACAGUCUCUAUAGGUUCCAGACUCCAUCUCCUGGAGUGCGGUCCCCAGCGUGUCUGUCUCGUACCCCAGUGACUCACAACACCACUCUCUGGAAUGACACCUGUGCCGAGGCGGGGGAGCCCCUGACGCCUGAUGUGUGUCUGGAACAAGUGUGGACGGAUCUCGGCAUCACUGGAGGUCGCAGGCACAGUGGCCGUGCAAGUAAAGUCUUUAUUACCACUGACUUGCGUGAACAGCAGUAUUUGUGCUACUUAAUACCAACAGAAAAACAACUUAGGUGUUUGAAAUUUGAAGAGAGCAAUGACAGAAGUCAGUUGAUAUUUGGAACAGCACAGACCAUUCCUGCCAGAGAUGCUGGUCCAUUGGAGACAUUAAACAUGAUGGUGGUCCUGGACCCUGGUAGUAACCUAGUGCUGUAUACAGGCACCACACAAGUGAACAGUAUCCAUGUUCCAGGCAUUCCCUUGGCCACGCCUUCCACUUCCUUGUCCUAUCCCCCUGUACCAGACAGCCCGGCGCAGGGACCUUUUUCCUCCAGUAGACCUCCCAGUGCCAUGGACACAGGAUUUGAAGAGGAGGUAAAUCUGCUAUCACCAGUGCCAACUGAGUUCAAUGAAUCGAGUCAGCUUCUAGAUGGUUCCUUGGCUGAAGAGUUGUCUUCCUGGCAGUUCCCUAGUAUUAUAGCAGGGAUAAAGGAUCCUGUAGAGAAUCAGUUCACUGUGGAACUUGCUAAUGGCCAGCUAUUUCAUACUGGGCUACCAGAACUUGCUGAAUCCCCUUUAGUGAGGCUAUGUCUGAAAGCAGUUAGCCAGGUUCUGCCCCGAGAUGUGGGCAUACAGGUGCUGGUCAAGUGGUAUGCAGUCCGUAAUGCAGCUGGUAUAGUCUCCAGUCAAUCAGAGUGGACAAAGUUUGUCAAGUGCAUGUUUAAUCUGAUGGGAUACGAUGCUGGAAAGUUGGCUCUUACAAAGAAGUACAAUAUGGACAGCAGUGCAUCUCCUGUGAUGACUACAAAGAAAGCAAGAACAUCAGACCAUGGAACUGAAGAGGAUUGGCAAUACCUGCUGUCUUCUGAUCAUCACAAGCUCAGUCAGAAUACCCACAUUUACAGCCUGGGAGUAGAAGAACCAAUUCCCUUACAGUCCCCAUCCCUUUCCUGUCACACAGUGGGCACAGCAGAUGUGCAGGCUUUGCUCUUCUCACACAUACCUGCAGUCAUGUUUGCUUUACAUUUGGCAUAUGAGAAUGCCAAACUCAACAGACUACUUUCUGAGGAGCUGAAGUCAAUAGCAACAGUGCUACACCAGCUCUCAAGAGAUCUAAAGUGUGAGGCUUACAUUGAUCAUUACUGCAGAGAUUUCCCACAUCUUUUUAAUGUGUUGCAAGAAAGAAGCCAAUUUUCUCCUGAAAAUCUUCAAAAAAUGCACAGGCCCCAAUUUUUCAGUGUGAACCCUCCCAGCAUCUACAGAUGGCUGUACCAAGUGCUGAAGGGAGCAGAACCCGAUGUGUUCCCUUACCUUCAAAAUGUGACAUUAUCAGUCAGAAAUAUUGUCAUACUAUUUACAGUCUUGUGUACCAACAGUGGACAAGAACCGGACAAAGAGAAAUAUUUAAAGAAAAUCGCAGCAGCAGGUCACAGACCAACAUCAACUAAUGUCUCACUGUCCAAAAGUUUUGCUGGAUCAUCUCAAGCCUCCAUUUCUACAAAUAUUUUGCAGCUGAUGACUGAACUAGGAAUAACCUUUGAGUCAAUAGAAAACCUGCCACUGGGGGUGGCAUUGCCUUUGAGAGAAGCAAUCUACCAUGGUAGAGAAACACCACCUUCUACAUUACCAGAGGAGGCCUAUCAGUUAAUAGGAAGGGAAGAUCUAGCCAAGCAAGUCCACUGUGAGCACACUCCAUACACAGCUCCCCCAGGCAGCCAUGAGACCUCUGCCAAAAAUGUCAGAGAAGAUGAGGAUGGGAUGAAUAAUCUAGACAAGGAGCUGCUCAGGCUGCGGUUCAAUGAAGAUCACAGAAUUCAGGAAGUUCGCAAGUUGCUACGAUCUUCUAAACCUGUCAAAAUCAUGCUUACUCAAAAGCCUGAAGUUAGCGACCAUGAUUUCAUAGAAGAGCAGAGCAGGCAUCUGUACUCUAUCUGCAUCAGAACAAUGGCUCUCCCAUUGGGAAGGGGUAUGUUUACAUUAAGUACUUAUCACCCUGUUGUCACAGAAACACUGCCCAUUCCCAAACUUUGUCUCACUGGACGUGUGCCACCAAGAAACACGACCAUAGACCUGAGUCACAUCGAGACCCCAGCCAACAUGAAUGUGUGGCCACAGUUCCACAAUGGAGUUGCAGCAGGACUUAAGAUUGCCAACUCCUCUCAGGUUGAUUCUACAUGGAUCAUCUAUAACAAACCAAAAAGUAAUGAGUUGACCAAUGAACAUGCAGGCUUCUUAAUGGCCCUGGGUUUGAAUGGUCAUCUCUCCAAUCUGGCAACCAUGAAUGUCCAUGACUAUUUAUGCAGGGGACAUGAUAUGACAGGUGUUGGAUUGUUGCUGGGAAUUGCUGCGGCAAAGUAA